CUAGUGAUCUUGGAGAUGGAGCAGCUGGAUCUGAACGUGGAGGAGAAGCCGGCGGCAGCGGCAGCGGCGGGGAGCGACUCCGGGACGUCGGAGUCGUCGGUGCUGAACGCGGAGGCGUCCGGCGGCGGAGGGACGGCGCCGGCCGAGGAGGCCUCCAGCUCGACGCGCCAGCCGGCGCCGGCGCCACGGGAGGUGCUCGAGUUCAGCAUCUUGAAGAGCUCGACGCCGUCGGCCGAGGGCGAGAACGACGUGGGCGGCGCCGGCGAGGAGGACGACGAGGAGGAGGCGACGCCAUCGCCUCCGCCGCCGCGGCAGUACUACCACCAGCAGCACAUGCCGCAGCCGCAGCAACUGGUGACCCGCGAACUGUUCCCGGCCGCCGCCGUCGCCGGUGCCGGCGCGCCGCUGCUCCCGGUGCAGCAGCAUUGGGCCGAGCUCGGCUUCUUUCGCCCGGCGCCGCCGCCGCAGCUGCAGCCGGACGUCAGGUACCUGCAACAGGCGCACGCGCCCCCGCCCCCGCCUCCGGCAGCUGCGCCGCCGCCAGCCAAGAAGAGCCGGCGUGGGCCGCGGUCCAGGAGCUCGCAGUACCGCGGCGUCACCUUCUACCGCCGCACUGGCCGCUGGGAAUCCCAUAUUUGGGAUUGCGGCAAGCAGGUGUACUUAGGUGGAUUCGACACUGCUCAUGCUGCUGCAAGGGCGUACGAUCGGGCGGCGAUCAAGUUCCGCGGCGUCGACGCCGACAUAAACUUCAACCUCAGCGACUACGAGGACGACAUGAAGCAGAUGAAGGGCUUGUCCAAGGAGGAGUUCGUGCACGUGCUGCGGCGGCAGAGCACAGGCUUCUCGCGCGGCAGCUCCAAGUACAGGGGCGUCACCCUGCACAAGUGCGGCCGCUGGGAGGCACGCAUGGGGCAGUUCCUUGGCAAGAAGUACAUAUAUCUUGGGCUAUUCGACAACGAAGUAGAGGCUGCAAGGGCUUACGACAAGGCGGCGAUCAAAUGCAACGGUCGAGAAGCCGUGACCAACUUCGAGCCGAGCACGUAUGAGGGGGAGCUGCUCACUGAAGUUGCUUCUCAAGGCGCAGACGUCGACCUCAACUUGAGCAUAUCUCAACCAUCUACCCAGAGUCCCAAAAGGGAUAAGGGCAGCCUUGGUCUGCAGCUCCACCAUGGAUCAUCUGAAGGCUCUGAACUAAAGAGACCAAAGGUCGAUGCUCCCCCUGGGCUAGUCUCGCUCCCUCAUCGAUACCCCCUUCUGACCGAGCAUCCACCAAUCUGGCAUGGCCAAUCUUAUCCAGUAUUUAUAAAUAAUGAGGAUGCAGCCAGAGAUCUUAGCAGAAGGCCAGAGGUGGGCACAGCGGGUGUUCCAAGCUGGGCAUGGAGGGUGAGCCACCCUCCUCCUGCGCUACCCUUGCCACUCUUCUCGUCGUCAUCGUCCUCUGCAGCAUCAUCAGGAUUCUCCAAAACCGCCACCGCAACAGCUGCCCCAGCCACCCCAUCGGGCUCACUACGGUUCGACCCGAUGGCACCAUCAUCAUCGUCAAGCCACCAACAGCACAACCGUCGCUGAAAAUAAGCCAAACUGUAAAUUUCCGGGAAGCCGAUAUCUUUUUCCCUUCCGGCAUUUCAGCGUUUUCAGUCUUGUGCCGGUGUGGUUUCUUGUACUGGAUUCAUGACUGUAUUUUCCACGCUGCCCAAGUGAAAUGUUGCUUCUCAUCA